AAGUGAAAGAGAGAAAGAGGAAGAGAGGAAAAGGAGGAGGCAAAGGGAGAAAGAAUGUGUGCGGGCGUGUGUUUGUAAAGGCAUAUGUAUGUGUGUGUGAGGUGAGAGAGAGAGAGAGAAUGUGCGCGUAUGUUUGUACGUACAUGUGUGUGUGUGUUUGGUUGCUUGUGUUGUAUAUGCGUACCUGUGUGCAGGUGAGAUAGAUAGAGCGAGAGAGUGAGAUAAAGAGAGAGAAAGAGACUGAGAGAAAGGCUUGGAGACAGACAGAGACAAAGAGAGAGGUUGGGACUAAGUGUAUGUGUCAAUGUGUCUUUAUAUGUGUUUUUCCCGGUUGUCUGUCGCACAUAAUAUUAUUGACUGAUGUUUGCGGCCACACCGCAUCACUUAGUUUCGUUUUGACAUAAACAACCAACAUGUGAAUGAAUAGAAGAAAAUCAAAUCAACAAAGUUAACAAGAAAGUGAUAAAAAAGAUUGAAUAAUUUCGGUUUCAUUCUUAAUUGAAGGAAAUCAUUUUGUUUUGCAUUUAUUUGGCAAAUUAUUUCGACAAGAACAAGACAUGUCAGGAGAAUCGGUGAAAGUUGCAGUACGUGUCCGCCCAUUCAACCAACGGGAGCUGGACCGUCAAGCAAAACUUGUCAUUCAAAUGGAUGGACAACAGACAUCUAUAGUUAAUCCAGACAACACAGGUGAAGCACCCAAAUGUUUUUGUUUUGAUUAUUCUUAUUGGUCACAUGAUGGUUUCUCUGAAGAUGAAAAGGGCAUUUUACAAGCUGCUAAUGGUUCCAAAUAUGCCAGUCAACAGCUUGUGUUUAAUGACCUUGGUAAAUCGCUACUAAAUAAUGCCUAUGAAGGUUACAACUGUUCCCUUUUUGCAUAUGGACAAACUGGAUCAGGAAAAUCUUACUCCAUGAUUGGAUAUGGCCCAAACAAAGGAAUUGUCCCAACAGCCUGUGAUGAAUUAUUCAAAACUAUUUCAAGCAAUGAAGACAAAAAUUUGAGGUACGAAGUGUCUUUCUCAAUGAUGGAGAUAUACAAUGAACAGGUGCGAGAUCUGUUGAAAAGGGAUUGUCCUAAAGGUGGCCUACAAGUUAGACAGCAUCCAAAAUUGGGUAUGUUUUAUGUUGAAGAUUUACAGAAGGUUCCAGUCACCACUUUCUAUAGAAUUCUAUCAAAAGUGGUGGAAGGUACAGCUAAUCGUACAGUUGCUUCCACAAACAUGAAUGCUACGAGUUCAAGAGCCCACACUGUGGUCACUAUCAUAUUUGACCAGAUCAAGAAAUCGGAGAAUAACACUGAAACACGCAAAACGAGUGAAAUAAAUCUUGUUGACUUAGCAGGUUCUGAACGAGCGGACAGUACUGGCGCAACAGGUGAUCGGUUGCGUGAAGGUGCCAAUAUUAACAAGUCUCUAUCUGUUCUUGGAAAUGUUAUAUCAGCAUUGGCAGAACAAACAUCUGGCAAGAAGAAAGUUGUAGUUCCAUAUAGGGAAUCAGUCCUUACCAAACUAUUAAAAAAUGCUUUGGGUGGCAACAGUCGAACUGUGAUGAUAGCUGCUCUGUCGCCUGCCAACAUCAAUUAUGAUGAGACCCUCUCUACACUCCGUUAUGCUGAUCGAGCAAAGCAGAUAAAGAAUAAGGCUGUGGUUAACGAGAACCCAAUUGAUAAACUAAUACGUGAACUUAAGGAAGAGAAUGAACGAUUAAAGAAAUACCUGGAAGGAAACGGUCUAAAUAAUUCUAAUUCAUCACAAGAUGAUGAAGAACUGAGGAAGGAGCUGGAUAGUUUACAGUCACAGCUCACUGCAAACCAAAGACUGCUGGCCGAAUCAACACAGACUUGGGAAGAAAAGCUUGCUGCAGCUCAGUUGAUGGACAAUGAAUCAAUUCACGGAGAUUUACAAAGACAAUCCACUCAGCAUCAUCUAGUAAACCUUAAUGAAGAUCCUCUUUUAUCUAAAGUCAUCUUCCACUACCUUUCUGAGGGUAAAAUCACCAUCGGAUCAAAACUGGCAAAUCCACGUCCUAAGAUCUGUUUAAACGGGUUAAGUAUUCAGAAAAGCCAUGCAUAUAUUGAGAAUAUGGAUCAUAAAAUUUCUAUAGAACCAGCUUCUAGCAAUGCCAAGACCAAAAUUAAUGGAUUACCUCUCAUGAAAAAGCAAACAUUGAAUCACAUGGACAGGAUACUUUUUGGUGUGUUAAAUACAUCUGAUUAUUUUGUAUUUUUAGUGUGUGUGUGUCCCUGUGUGUGUCUAUGUGUGUGUGUAUGUGUGUGUGUGUAUGUGUGUGUGUGUACAUGUGUGUCUUUGUGUGCAUGUAUAUAUACUUAUGUGCAUGUAUAUAUACUUUAAAAUGACUAAACAUGAUAUGUUGUUGGAACUUACAUACCAUGUACAGGAAACUUCUUUCACACUUCUACACUGUUUUCCUCAAAUAAUGGAAUUGCCACUACAAUAUCUUUAUAUAUCUUAUUU